AAUUUCUCUAUUUAAAAAAACAGAAGCAUCUAAUAAUCAAUGGUGUUCAUUACAAUUAGAACGUGCAAAACAAAUAUUUCCAAAUAUUAAUAAUGAAGAAUUUACAGAUGAUGAACUUCUACAAAAAUAUUAUACUCAUAUUAUUGAAACCCUAACACCAAAACCUGAUAUAGCUAAUUCUAAUUGUAUUGCACAACUUCGUGAACAACAAUUUGAUUUAAAUCAUGAAUAUGAACAAGCAGAAAAUAAAGCAAAAGAACAUUUAAAACAUAUGUUACAAAACUAUCGUGAACGUUCAACACCUAAUCUUGAAUUAAUUCAAGAGAUGAUUGAUCUUGGUUUUGAACAUAUGAAAAGAGGACCAACAAAAGAAGAUUUUGAAGGUGCCACAAAUUUUCUAACUAAAAUUUCCUUAUUUCAUAAAACCAAAAAAGCAUAUGGAAGUGAUUUACAUAAUAUGGGUGAUGAUUUUAUGUUAUUACGUUUUGGUAAAGUAUUUGGAGUAAAUGCAUUACCAACAACAGCACGAUCAAACUCACAAUUUAUAUAUCUUGUUCAUUUAUUUAUUAAAUCACUUUUACAUCUUAUGAUGAUGAUGCAAGCAACAUCUGAUCAUAAAGAACAAACUUUAUCAAUAAUAAAUACUGUUAUUGGAACUUUAUUUUCAACGGAAGUAAAUGUAUCAAUUAUAAAACUAAAUAAUGAUAAUCUUUUUUCACCAAAAUUAAAUAUUGAUCAAUGGACAUGGUUAUUAGAAAAAUGGCGUGAAGCUCUACGAACAUUUCCUAUAAUACUUACAGAAGUUGGAGCCUUUAGUCGUUUAUUACGUACAACAAUUGGUAUUGGUAUUGCGCGUUUAUUUAACUUUGCUGAAAUGAUGGUUGGUAGUAAUCUAGUAUUAGACACUGCCUUUGUGAAUGAACAAUUUUUUCAUGCACUUCAAAUGGGUUUUUAUUUUGGUGUUGCAUAUGCUACUGUCGAUUGUCUACAAGAUGAAAUUCAAAAUUCAAAUAGAAUUACUUCACAACACUUAGCGGCUCUGAAAAUAGAAAACAAUGACAAUGAAAGAUUAUCAACACCAAUUGAAAUAUUAGAUAAAUGGACUUUGAUUAUGGAAGAAUUGCUAAGUGGAGGAGAGUUUAAUCGAAAAGAAAUACCAAAAACACCAUUGACACCAUUAUUAUUAGAAACAUUUGAUAGUCUUAUUACAUUAACGAAAAGUAUUAAUGUAACGUGUUUAGCUUUUAAUGAAUUGGCCCUUUUAUUAAGAUCACAAAGAAUGGAUAAAAAGACAAUGGAAAAUUUUUACAAUGAUGAAGAACUUUUCUUAGGUGCUAUGCUCAAAUCUCAUUUCACAUAUACAUGUACAACGUUUUUGGGUAAUAUUAAAUCUGCUCGUGAAGAAAGUGAACGUCUAUGGAUAAUGCCAUUUUUGGGUCAAUUAACUGAUGAUUGUCGAGAUUUUUAUGAUGAUGUUCAAUCUAAUUCUGUUACUUCAUUUACACAUUAUGCAUCAUUUAUUGGUCGUCAACAACCAUCACAUGAACAUCUACUUAAUCCAUUUUAUGCAUUUUUAUAUCUUUGUUCUGACAUAUAUAUAUCAUCUGGUCAUGAUAUUCAAACUGGUGCUUUUAUUGGUCGUCGUAU